AUGAAGUCAGAGAAUAUUGAAGUGACAAUUUGCGUAACUGGGCCAGGCAAUGACGAACAUACAGAAGGGUUAAUCGACGGUGUUUCUCCUUAUACCCAAUACUGUGGAAGUUGUAUUUCUUUGAAGAAAACUCUCGAAGACAGCUAUGAGGAGGAAUCAAUUCAAGCAGUUAAGGAGAGAAUUGAGUUCCAACUAAAUCAUGCCCAGUUCGUAGAAGGAAGGCCGGACUGGUCUGCAGUAGUUAGGCAAGAAAUAGACGAGGCUGAAAACAGUAUUUCCAUUGUUGGUUGUCGCCAUCCUGCUAGGAUUGAUAACAUUAGGGCAGAAGCCAUCAAGGCUUUGGAUCAAGAUAAGAGAAUUGAUUUUUAUAAUCAAUUGAUGGCUUAG